GUGUUUUGGCAUCUGCUGCGGCUGCUGUAGCUGUUGCGGCUGCUGAUUUUGCGGCUCUGAAGGGCGCUGCGGCUUUUGCGGCUCUUGCGCCUCCUUCCGCGGCGUUGCUCUGGCCUGCUGCUCUCAUUCAGGUAGCCAGCACGCUCUCCAGAGGUGGUUGCUUCUGGCACUUGCGGCAGCGCCUCUUGCAGCACAGGCAAUCUGCCAACCGUGCUGACGUUGCGAAUGAAGACGGGCCGGCACCAGGAGAUGUGGUUGUGACUGGUGUUCCUGUGGAUUCCGAAGUGGCACAGUCUGAAGCGGUUUCUUCGGCUUCAGCGGCUGCAGCGUCUGUGGAUCUCACGGUGAUGACGCAGCAGGUGAGAGAUCAACGUGCUGAGAUUGCAGAGGCUUUGGUGCGCAACAUGAGGCAAUUCCGCCCCAACAUUUGCCUCCUGAGCAAUGACCAGAUCCUGCGGCACGCCUGUGACAUUGCCAUGGCUCCAGACUGGAUGCAGAACACCUACAACACUGAAGUGGACUUUACCUGGGCCUUUGCUGGCUUCAAUGUCCUGCUGAGCUCCUUCUUUCCCGGCGGCACCAAGACCAAGGCGGCUAUGGAUGAAGUGGCUGCAAGUAUGAAGUUGCCUGAUCCAUCGGUGGUGGACGAAGCCAAGAAUUUGCUGCAGAUUGCAUCUUGUGCCCGGGAGAUUCUGGACCAGUUUUGCGAAGUUACUCCCGCAGAGCAGGGCACCGUGUACACGGGGAAGAUUCUGCUGCUGCCCUUUGUGAUGAAUGGACAGGCCAGAGGCUAUGAUCUUCAAGAAGUCGAGGCAGACGGCUGGGCUGGGUGGGCCCUCCCGUUCAACAGAGACGAUGGCAAACUCAUGCACAUCACAAUCUACGCCAGGGAUUGCUUGCAUUUUGUCAAGGCUUUCCUGAACAAGUCUGGCUUGGGAGUCGGACGGUCUGAGCCUCGCAGCUUGCUUGCUCUUCAAGGGGAUGAGGAUGAGACGGUCGCCUUGGAGGAGAUGCACAGGGCUGGAUUGCUCUUCUCAGCUGACAACGACAAGACCGUCCGCAACGAAAUGCUCUGCAUCCUUUCCACUUUGGAGCCUGGCUUUUCGCAGCUUGUGGACGGCGGGGUCGCAAUGACCAACUCGUCAAUUUGGGUCACAUCCAGCGGCUUCUUUUACGUGUUGCGUUUUGCACCCAUCCAGACGGCCAACAAGAAAUUCGUGACCCCGCUGUUCACAUUGAAGGCUGAGAUUGUGAAGGGGGACUUCGUCAACGAUGACUUCAUGGUCCGACAGAAAAGGGAAGUGGACGUGAUGUUCGCCGGGGGUGGAGCAGAUGAUUUUGGAUUGGUGUGGGAUGGCUACCAGGUGGAUUCUUGGUUUGUUUUGGGCCAGGGCUUGCAGAAUGAACGGGCUAUCGCAGUGAAGAAGAGCGGCACCUGCCACAUGGUGGCCUUGCAGCUUAUCCGCCGCUUGGAUGCUGUUGGCGCGCCCUACAGCAUCUGCGUUGCUCGAUGCCAGAGGGCUCCGGGAGGCCUCCACUUGGGAUUGCUGCGAGGAGGAGCCCAGCAGUAUUGCGUGGACACGAUGCGGCAGACCGGAGAUGCCGAGCAGAGCCGCGCUGCAGCACAGAAGGGCAGCGGCAAAAAAGGCUGGGGCAACAACAGCGGCUGGAGCGGCAACAGCGGCUGGAGCGGCAACAGCGGCUGGAGCGGCUGGGGCGGCUCUGGCAGCAAGGGCGGCUCUGGCGGCUGGGGCAAGCCAAGCGGGCAGGGCACUGGCUGGGGAGCACCGUUAACCACGACCUUUCAAGGGCCAGUGCGUCCUGGCCCAGGGAUGGCAACUCAAGCAGAUCCAUGGGCCGGAUGGGGGACCAAUGACGAUGUGGGCAAUGAUGGGGACGGCAACGAUGGCGGGUACAGUGUGGCCCUACUGCAGCUCUGCAGCUGCGCCUCCUCCGUUGCAGGCAUGCACAGCCAGGCUGCAGCUUUGCUGGUUUGCUAUGGCCUGGGGAAGGUGGUUGCGGAGAAAUCUGCUGUGGAGACGCCGGACAGGAAAAACUGGAAUCCAGAAUCCUUCCUUUGGUUCAGUGCUGCAGCGAGAACCCGAGCUCUUUCGUUAGAGGUUUCUGGCGAUGUUGCCAGGUGUGGGCUGGUAGCUUCAGCAUUCAAGAUAUGUGCUGAAGCUCGUGGUUCCCGCUGGCGGCUUCACACUUUAGGCAAACCAGCGACUGGCUGCAAGCAUACCAGCAAGAAGGCCAUGGCGCCAACGCCUGUUGACCCUGCUGCUGCCGUCAAGCUUUGGCUAAAGGUUGCAAACUCUGGGGAAGCUAGCGACAAGUGGGGCCGUGUCCAGCGAGCUGCUCGGAGCUGCGUUAAGGGAAAGGAUGCCAACUUGCUGUCAUUGGUGCAAUUUCUUUUCAGGGAUUUUGACCUGGCUGUAGUUCCUGUUGAUCCUGACAACGUGAUGCUGCGGAUCUUGCACACCGACAACCCUUUUUUGAGACUGGAAGGGGCCCCUUUUACCUUUCUAGACAGCUGUAGAGGCAGCUUCUUGCAUUCAUUGAUGAAGCACAGAGGUGACAAGGUGACGGACUAUUUGGUGAAGAUCUUGGCGACGCCACAUGUGCAACGACUUGAGAGUCGUGAGCAGCUCGGGCUUUAUGUGUUUGAGACAUGCUCUCAGCAAAGGUUUUCAUUGCUCGGUGUGAUCCACCAAUUCUUCCGAGACACCAAUGGCGUAGGACAACGAAAGGCUUACAUGCCUUCCAGAGUGAUUUCCAAGCAUGGCAAGAAGUUGCGACCAAACCGUGAUCUGGGGCAGUUGCGCCUCGCAGCGGCAUUGAGUCUCUGUGGGCAAUUUUUGGAUGGCACGCUAGAUGCCAUUUUUGUGAAUGACAGCAAGAAAUCAUGGCUUGUGGAUCCAGGUUUGCUUCUUGUCAAGGAGCCUGACGAUGUCUUGGACAAAGUGGUUGAGCAUUUGCAAUCUUGGCCGAACCAGCACUGUCUGAAGAUGCUGAACCUCCAGGCUGAGCUAACCAGCCACAUUUGUGUUGUGAAUGCUUGCAAAUGCAUCCACGUUCUUAAGACGCUCAGCCCCACAGAAGAGGCGGUGCUCGCUCAGCCACAGUCAGAGGAAAUGCACUUGGUCUACUCAGGGGGAUGCAUUGCGCGCGCUGGCCGCAUGCGAAGGAUCCCUUUGGGUGCUCGCAAAAUCGAAACAGCGGCAGUUCGCUUCCCAACACAACGGGUGCGGGUGAAGACAUCCAAGCGUGAAAAUUUCACGUCCUGUGGAGAAGCCACGACUUUUCAAGGCAGCUAUAGUGGAGUGGAAUUUCGGUCCUCCUAUGAACUUCCCCUGAUGUCAUUGACUGAAAAAGCACAGGUCCUCGGCUCUGCGGCUUCUGCGGCUCCUCCGGAGGACUGGACAGAUCGCUUUGGGGACAAUGCAGUGCCACUCUUUUGGCAAGAGUCCAAGCCCAUCAGCUUUUUCAAUGCAAUCCUUGACGAGUACAAGGUGACCGCAGUUUUCGAUGUGACAGCCGGCUCCGGCGCAUUCAUGGAAGCCAGCCUCACCAGAGGCGUUGUCUACCACGGCCUGUGCUUGAACAAGGAACACCAGCACUGGCUCCAGGCCAUUGCGGACAGAGCCGCCUGCGGGCUAAUUACCUUGGAGGGAUCAACUCUUUUCAAUGAAGCUUUGGCAGGAGACGUGAAGAAGUUUUUCCCAGAUGUCCUGGAAAACUUGGCUCCCAAGGACAACCCUGAAGAAGCCCCAAUGGAACCAGACAGCCCCGGUGAGUGCACUGGUGCAUCAUUGGCUGCGUUUCCCACA